UGUGAAAGAAGAAGAGGCUGCUGUGUACACGGAAGCAGGAACAGGACUUGUCACUUGAAAACUGUCGAGCUACAUUUGUCAACGCGGAUUUCGGCGUGAGCACAAAGAGGAGACGAGUUAAACAUAUUUGUUUGUGUCUUUUUUUUUUACUGGCGUUGACACCAUGAGGACGGUUUCCCUGCUUUUCACAUUAUUUCUGUGUUGCUGCUGGGUCAGAGGGGCUCCUAUAGAAAAUAUCCAGAACUCAGCUUCAACAGAUAUUCAGACAGGCAAUCCAGAUCAUAAAAGUAAGAAUGGAGAUCCAUCACUGGUAUCCAGUCCAGUCCAGAAGGCAGACAAGGAAGAUGGAGAGAAGCAUAAAUCACCUGAUAGUAAUAAAAAGACGCCUGAACCAGUAGAUCUAAAUAAUGCACAGGACAAUACUGGCAAAGACAAAGCACAACAAGGAGACAUUAAGAAAAAGCAAGCAGUGACAUCUGAAAAAGCAAAAUCUGUAGAAGCAACAGACGCCAAGAAUACGGUGCAGGGUGAUAAGCAAAAUCCCACUGUCACAGAUCAUUAUAAAACAAAUGUGAAAACCAUUGAGAAGCCCACAAAAGAAACUCCUGGAGGUAAAGGUGUAAAGAAAUUUACAGGGUCUACAGACGGUGCAGAGGAGAAACCAAAAGGAGAAGAAGCCCAGGGGGAAAAACACGGAGACGGAGCCCAGGAGGAAAAAACAGGAGACAAAGCCAAGGAGGAAAAACCAGGAGACAAAGCCCAGGGGGAAAAACCAGGAGACAAAGCCCAGGGGGAAAAACCAGGAGACAAAGCCCAGGAGGAAAAACCAGGAGACAAAGCCCAGGAGGAAAAACCAGGAGACAAAGCACAAGAGGAAAAACCCGGAGACAAAGCCCAGGAGGAAAAACCAGGAGACAAAGCCCAGGAGGAAAAACCAGGAGACAAAGCCCAGGAGGAAAAACCAGGAGACAAAGCCCAGGAGGAAAAACCAGGAGACAAAGCCCAGGAGGAAAAACCAGGAGACAAAGCCCAGGAGGAAGAAGCAGAAGACGAUGCCCAGGAGGAAGAAGCAGAAGACGAUGACCAGGACGAAGAGCCAGAAGACAAAGCCCAGGAGCAAAAACCAGGAGACAAUGCCCAGGUGGACAAACCAGAGGAAGCCAGGGAAAGAGAAACAGGAGGGAAAAGUCAUUAUGGUCCAUCUGGUAUGAAAGAUGAGACAGAAAGCAGUCAUUUCUUUGCCUACCUUGUCUCUACAGCAGUGUUGGUGGCAGUGCUCUACAUCACUUACCACAACAAACGCAAGAUAAUUGCCUUUGUUUUGGAGGGAAAGAAAUCAAGAUCCACACGUCGACCAAAAUCCACAGAAUACCAGAAGCUGGAACAGCAUAUGUGAUCUCACGUCAUUCUAUUGAAGCCAUUGCCUCGAGCAGCUGAAUACUCACUGUGGGUGGUGUUGGAAGAAGGCGAGUGGAUAUCGGCAUUUGACAUUUUAUUGGUGUACUCUGCACUGAUUUCACCUUGUGCUGAAUGGACGUUGUUCUAUUUUGUACCUUUCUGAGAUGCUUAUUGCAUGACUAUGCAGAUGACACUGUUGCCUUAUUGAAGGAAUUAGUGAAAUGCAGUGAAGGUAAAAUAAGCAUGCUGUUUUUGCACUUGUGUCGUUAUUCCACCUUUUAAGGCAAUCUUGUAAUUUGACCUGACUGAGGUCCCCUGACUCAGGAUAUUCAGUAGCGGAUGAAAAUAUUAGCUGUUUGGAUUCCAGCCUUGUUUGUACAGUACAGUAGUUAUUGCACUGUGUACCCAAAUAAGCCAUCUGAAUCUUUGUAAAAUAUUGAUUGUUUAGAAAUUCUUUGAAGAUGUUUUAAAUGUCUAAUAGAUAAAAAUCUGCAAUUGUUUUACAUGUAUCAAGAUUCACAGUGGGAUUUCCGCUUGUGUUCACAACAGUAUGUUGUUGGCCAGAUGAAUGUAAUAGCAACUUUUAUUUUCCUAAUGAGAUGCUAGCACAGUGCUCACCCACUAGAGCUUAAAACAAUAGUUUGACAUGAAUUGGAAAUACACUUUUUUUUUUUUUUUUUUUUUUUUUUACAAUUAUUUGCUUUCUUGCUGAGAAUUAGAGAUUGAUACCAUAACUUCUCUUAUAUGUGUCCAGUAAAUAUAACAUUUACAGCAGCCAGUUAGCUUAGCUUAGCCUAAAGACUGAAAACACUUAGCUUGACUCACUGUGAAGUUAACAAUUCCACCUGCUCGCACCUCUAAAGCUCACUAACAAGUUGUAUGUCUUGUUCAAUCUGUACAAAGACUGAAGUGUAAAAAAAGACCCGUUGCAGUUUUUACAGGGACUUAUAGCUGAGCUAUUUUCUGGCCAGGAGCAUUUAUGCUAUGCUAAGCAAAUCUGCUGCUGCCUUAUACCUUCAUAUGAACAGAUAUGAAAGUGAUAUCCAUGGAAUUGAACAAGUGUAUUUUUCCCAAAAUGUCUUGACUGUUCCUUUGAAAAACAACUAAAUGAUUAUGAUGAUGUUUUAUCUGCUGUCAGGGUGUUGGGUUCACAUGUAAAUGCUGUAAUAUUAUUUCAUGGAAAUAUGUGUGGUGGGACUGGCGUUGUUGAAAUGUUGGAUUAUCUGUAACCUAUCAGUCUGGUUACUGUCUGAUUACCCAAGACGUCUGUGGCCAGUUAGUCUUUUGGGAACACCUUUAACGUCUACCACUUGUUGCUUUGUGUCCAAACUGUAGUUUUGCCAGAGGAAAUUGGCCACCCGUUGCAUUGUUUUGACAGUUGGGUAAUCGAGAAAAUGUAUGGAUGUGGGAAUAGGUUGACCACUAAUGAAUUAAAUCUUUCCUCUAGAGUAGAUGUGCGUGUAUGUUCAGGGACGACAGACGUGUGCCAAAUUGCGAAUUAUUUUUUACUGUGAUUCAGUGUUUUGAAUUCUUGUAUUGUGCCUGUUUCCUAAAUUAUCACUGUAUUUCUAAGGGGCAGUGGUCAUAAUUUAUGGAAAGCUCUUUCUGUAAAGAAGGAAAAUAUAUUUCAGUUGUUUCUUGGGGUUGUCAAAAUCCAUAGUAUGUCCAAAUAAAUAGUUUAUUAUAAAAUCUGCAAAGAAAAGCCAUCAUUUUGGCCAUCUGGCUGAAAUUAGCAUGUUCAAGAUGUUUAAUGACCACAUUGCUACAUCUUUAGUAUGAAGGCAUUUAUUUAAGUUGUUAGGAAUGGCUGUCAAUAAACACAUCCUGCUGUCUGUGUGAAUCAAUUAAGAUGAAUAUUAAUAUUAAAAUAAAUGUUUUUUUUUUGUA